UCCAAGUUCGAAACGGCUCGAGAUCAGUUUCAUCACUCAUCGCAUACAGAUAAUUUCAAUUGGUCCCUCCCCCUUUCAACCCCGUAUAUUCAUUGGAACGUCGAGCUGUCAAUCAAAGCGCGGACGCAUGUUUUGGUUUUCAGAAUUGAUGCUAUAGAAAACUCAUAAAAUUGCAGCUGAAACGGGAGAGAGGAUGCGGUCGGUAAGAACACAUUUAACAGCCUGUUGGACGCAGAAGUUGAGAGUCAUCAUACAAUCAAAAUAUCCUCUCUUUCUUGCGUUGGAGGGUUUAAAUAGGUAAAAAAAAACUAUAAGGACUAUUAUAGUACGGGACAUGCACACUUGGAAGUCAGAUGUCCAGAUGCAGAAAUCUGCAGCUCUCUUUGGGAUGGUCAGUCAUCAGACAGAUUUCACCGAGCUCACUUUCUCCAUGUUCAGCAGUAAAGCAGACAUCUGCCCGAAACGCGUUCCCGCUGACGGCUGUGGCUCUGUGAAUCCCGCCUCGAUACAGAUGCGCUGCGGGUCCGAAGAUCUCAAACUUCACGCGCAUCACACCGCCAAGCUGCACUGCUUCACCAUGUCACCUGGAGAGGUGAAUGGACGCUGUAUCUCGUUCUGUUCAGAGAAGGAGAGCACUUGUGAGCUGACAGCAGAAGAAGGACCAUUACUGCGCUGCGGACAGAGCCUGUCAGUUCAGUCUGGAGCUCCGUACCAUCACAGCAGUCACUGUGAACAGCCCACACAGACCCUACACCUGCAGGAAAGCCCCAGUCCAGACACAGGGUCUGCUGGCUUUCAGACGGAUCUCAGCUCAUCGUCUCUGUCCACCGGCAUCAAUGGGUGUCAUGCCUUGCCGUCGUACCCCAUCAAACAGGAGGGCUACAAGCUGGGAUCGUCCCUGGGCGAAUUUUCAGGAGGGAUGGGAGCGGUUCGCAGGGAUAUGGACCGUCCGGGUAGCAAUGAUGGUAACUUAGCAACUGUUCUGUCGUUGUCGGCGAUGGCGGUGACUGUGUAUCCAUUUAAUAAUGAAGAUGGCUCCACCCCGCUGGCUUUGUCCCCGAGCUCACGUCACUCAGCAAGGCCAAACGCGAGCGGACUGAAGAGACGGUGCCUCUCGGUGGCCUCCCAGUCCGCCUCAGAGGGAAUCGAUACCGUCGCCAACAUCUGCUCCUCCCAGAUGUCCUGCGUUAACGGCCUGCGCACCAAUUCGUCAUCGCCCUCCGCCGGCACGUUCUCCCACAGGUCUCUCUCCGCACCCAGCCCUCAGUUGCCGUCACCCUCCACCUCGUCCUGUCUCCUGCCCCUCUCCUCUUCGUCAUCGUCCUCCUCGGUGUCCUCAGUUGAGCAUUGUGAGGACGUGGGCUCCAUGCAGCCUGGACCCACUGGUGUGGGGAGCAGCGACGGGCUCGGACUUCUCAUACAGCCCGCUGCAUUAUUGGAUGGCUGCACCCCAACGCUGAAACAAGAACCGGCGGAUGAGUUCUCUCCAAGUGAGGAGGAGCUCUUUCAGCAUCACUAUCAGCAUCUGACGAGCCGCGCAAGCCACUGCGGUGGGCAUUCCCAACAUCACCACCAUCACCACCACCAUCAGACAGGCCCCCCACGGCCGCCCAUGCCCCCUCCCUACCACCUGCACCAGUACAUGGGCUCCGGCCCAGGAGCCCUACUGCAUCUUCAGAGCCAACAGCAGUCUCCACCCUCAGGCCUGCUGGCACAGCCCAAACAAACAGGCCUGGUAGAGCAGCAGGUGGGCGACAGGGAGGACGUGUUUAGCGAUAAACAGGUUUGUCGUUGGAUCGACUGCAGCGCAGCAUAUGAGCAGCAGGAGGAGCUGGUUAGGCACAUCGAGAAGGUCCACAUCGAUCAACGCAAGGGCGAGGACUUCACCUGCUUUUGGGCCGGAUGCGUCCGACGCUACAAACCAUUCAACGCCCGAUACAAGCUGCUCAUCCACAUGAGGGUUCACUCGGGAGAGAAACCCAACAAAUGCAUGUUUGAAGGGUGUAACAAAGCCUUCUCGAGGCUGGAGAAUCUGAAGAUUCACUUGAGGAGUCACACAGGAGAGAAGCCAUAUCUGUGCCAGCACCCUGGCUGUCAGAAAGCCUUCAGCAACUCCAGCGAUAGGGCAAAGCACCAGCGCACACAUCUGGACACUAAACCAUAUGCGUGUCAGAUCCCGGGCUGCACUAAGCGCUACACAGACCCCAGUUCCCUCCGCAAGCACGUGAAGAUCCACUCUGCCAAAGAGCAGCAGGUGCGUCGAAAGCUAAGGGCCUGCCCCCAUUUAGAAUCAGAUGCUCUGAGUGAAUGUCUGUCAAUCCAGCAUCUGCAUGGCUCCGCCCCUUCCCAGCAUUCCCACUGCCCUGCUGGCUCUCAGCACUCUCUGAAUGGGAAAGAAAGUCGUUCCCCAGCACUUGGGCAGGAGAUGUUUACGGGCCUGUACGCUGGCUCCAGCACGACACACAAUGGAGCCCCACUUGAGUUGCUCUCUUCUGGACCUGACCUGCCACCCAGGCAGCCCCGCAUGGACCGUGACAUUGGCAGCCCCCAUCAUCUCUCCCCGCUGUCCGGCCUCGAGAACACCCGAGAAGGGUUAUCCGGAGCUUUGCUGUCUCCAGGGAUCAGUCUACUGAAGGCCGCUACGUCUCCUCCACCAACACUAGAGAAGCAGAACAACUCCUCCAACCAGCAACACCUCCACACACAUCACAAACCCUACAGCACCUUCCACAACCUGCCGUCAAGUGAGGAUUAUCGUGGAAACUUCCAGAGCUGUUUUCAUUUUGGCGACAGUUACAGAAUGGAUCAGUCCAUCAGCGGCGGCCAUCAACCUGCAGAGUCGCACAACUUCAACCCAAACCCACACAAUGGCUUUCACAUGAGCUGCUCCACCAGCACCUCCUCCACAGGUUUCAGCUUGGUGCCGGACAUCAUAGGGUCAGGUUGCCAGUUCUCGCCAGGCACCGAGGAGAAUGUUUUCUUUCAGGUGGGCGGCUUUGAUCGCGGCUUGAGCCAAAUGUCAUCAGUGUACACAGAGACAUAGAGCCAGCUCACCCGUCCACCAUCAACACUAACGUCUUCAUUCAGACCAAACGCUCUUAUUUUAUUCUACUUUCAUCUAUGCAGUUUCAACCUGUCUCGGUUUCUUUAGCAUUCAUCCUUGUUAUUGAUUGUAUUUAAAGCCUUGUUGGAUUGAAGCACCUCAAUGGAUCAUCCAUUUCCUCGACUACACAAAAAGCUGCUGCUCCACCACACCGAAGGGUCAAUCAUGAGAGCUCGUGUUUAUUUGUAGGAUGAAAUUGCACUUUUUUUUCCCCAGUGUUGUUAAAAAUAUCCCAGUGGGCAACUUGAUGUAAAAGCAUCAAAUCAACAUCAGAAAUGAUGUCAAAAUCUUGACAUUGAUGUCCUUUUGACCACCAAAAUAAUACAAAAUGUUUUUAUUCAUCUGAAAGCUUCAACUACAGAUUAACACUGGAGUUUGUUGGCAUUAUAUAUUGAAAAUGUAUCAAAAAAUACAUCAAAAAUAGCUUCCAGGACAGUCCAGUAAUAAUUUUUUAAUGCUGAUUUGAUGUCAUGAAAUCGAUUAGCAUUUUUUUUUUUUUUUUUUUUUGCAACAAGGUGCCCACUGGGAUGUUGAAGGUCUCCUGAGAUUCUGGCUUGUCGUCAUAAAGACAUCGCUAGUCUUAAUAAAUCCAUCUGGUCAGCUCUGAUCUAAUUGUGACCCUGGAAGGGUUUGAACGAAACUUCAGAACGGCCGCAUCUGUGCUGAUCAGUGAUGAGAUCCACAUUUCCCUCUCCCAGCUCUCGUUCUCUCAUUGUGUUGGAAACAAUUAUUUAGUGUUGCUGUGUUUUGUCAGUGAAUGUUUGCAAAUGUUUGUAUUGCUUUGUCAUUUGGUUGUCAUCAUCCCAUAUAAACAGAGUUCUUUAUUUUGUAACGGUCGAUGGCUUUAAUAUCUACCACACUUUCAGCGUAUGUAUAAAAUGUACAGUUUUUGUUUAAUAUUAAUAAUUAUGUCAGUCUCUCGAUCUCUGAAAAAAUAAAUGAGUCUUGAAUAUUGAAGUCUUGUGCUCAUCAUUGUACUUAUGCUGCUCAUAAAUAAAUAUCAUUAAGCUGAGUUUAAGUACUAUAAAAUAUACAGAGGGCUUCAAUUGCAAAUGAUUUGCGUAUGUUCCCUUAACUUUGAAAGGUUUGUUAGAAGCUGGUCUCAAACAUGAUGGACUGAACAGGGAAAAAACAUUUAAUAAACUAUUGUUAGGAAGACACUGCCCCCUUUUGGAUGAUAAUGAACAUGCCAACCUACACACAAAUGCUUAAUGUCACAAAUAAAGGAGACCACAGCAAAUACAACACGCUAAUAGUGAGGUGAUAUAUUUUAUACAUUUAUUCAGGGCUCUACAUCAGAAGAACCUCUCUUAAGUUAAAUACAGUCAAAUAUAUUUAUUAUGGAUUAUGAAUCAUUUGCAUGGGUCAGUCAAAAAUGAGUUUUUUUAAACAAAAGUUAAGUCAAGUAUGGGUUGUUUGUACUUUCUUUGUACAUAAUUUGUCCUGUUAAAUUAAUAUGUAAAUCAUAAAUGUUGUCAGCAAAAUAAAUUUUAAUUUAAGAUAUUAUAAUUGAUAAAUGUAGUGAGAUGUAUAUAUACAAUGAUCAACAUUUGAAGUAGAUCAAAACCUUUCCUUAAAGUUGUCCUGAAAUGAUCAAACAACAUCUAUCUAUCUAUCUAUCUAUCUAUCUAUCUAUCUAUCUAUCUAUCUAUCUAUCUAUCUAUUUAUCUAUCUAUCUAUCUAUCUAUCUA